UCUAUCUGUCAGUUCAAGAUGUCUGCACCGUUGACUGGAAAUCCACACGUGUUUUUAGAUAUAAAAAUAGGCGAAGAAAGAGUUGGCAGAAUAAUAAUAGAAUUAUUUAAGAACAUAGUACCUAAAACAGCAGAGAAUUUCCGAGCUUUAUGUACAGGUGAAAAAGGGAUAGGAAAGUAUGGAAAGCCUUUGCAUUAUAAAGGCUCUUCUUUUCAUCGAGUAAUUCGUAGAUUUAUGGUUCAAGGAGGAGAUUUUAUCAAAGGAAAUGGCCAAGGUUCCGAGAGUAUUUAUGGUGAAUGUUUUGAAGAUGAAAAUUUCACCUUAAAACAUGAUCAGCCAGGACUUCUUAGUAUGGCUAAUAGUGGUCCCAACACUAAUGGCUGUCAAUUUUUUAUCACUGCUGUUCCUACACCACAUUUAGACAACAAACAUGUUGUGUUUGGAAGAGUGAAGAAAGGAAUGGGAGUUGUGAAUGAAUUAGAGAACACCAUUACAGAAAAUGAUGAACCUUUAGAACCUUGUAUAAUUGAAAACUGUGGAGAAAUUGAACCUGGUGAAGACUUCGGGCUAAAUGAAUGUGAUGGGACUGAAGAUACUUAUGCACCGUUUCCAGAUGAUUGUGGUGAAUUGGAUUUUAAAGAUAUUGAUCACAUACUCUGGGUUGCUGAACAAGUUAAACUGUCAGGAAAUGGUUUUUUCAGAAAAGAGGAUUAUGUUACUGCCAAUAUGAAAUAUAAAAAAGCUUUAAGGUAUCUUAACAAGUUGCAUGAAGUAAAUGAAGUGGAUGCAGAGCUAGAAAAACGUUUAAAUGCUGUUGUCUUACCUUGCAUUUUAAAUAGUGCUGCCUGUAAAUUAAAGUUAAAAUUAUAUGACAGAGCUCUCGAAGAUUGUGAUGAGGCUUUAGAUAUCGAAGCUAAGAAUCCAAAAGCAUUAUAUAGGAGAGGUCAAGCCUUCCAUGGGAAAGGGGAUUAUGAAAGGAGUCUGACUGAUUUACAUGAAGCUCUCAGAUUAGCUCCAAAUGAUAAGUCUGUGAUAGCAGAAUUGGCUGCUGUUCGUGGAGAAAUGCGAGCAUACAAAGCCAAAGAAAGAAAAGCAUAUGCUAAAUUCUUUGCCUAAGAAUUUUCAGGAUCUGGCACAGUGAAAUAUAUACUCACAUCAUUUAUUAAAGCCUUUUUUAUUUCUUACAUUUCAUUUGUGUUGUAUUGUUUUAAUGCAUUUCAUUUGUGUCUGUAUAACUGUUGCUAUUUCUUUAACAACUGAUGUGGUUUGUUUUUUCAUGUGCUUGCAUAAUGUUUGAAUUUCAGCAAUUCUGUGUAAUGAAAUAUUCUUUUGAGACUUGUAAUAUAUAAUGUAAUGUGACUGCACUUAAGGAUUUUUUUUAGUGUUGUUUAAUUGUGUAUAAUUAAAAGCUUCUGUAAAAUUCUGAAAUUGCCAAUUCAUAUCUUAUAAAUGAAAGAAACUGCUUUUAUAAAACAAUUAUAAGCUCAAAUGUGAUGCAUAGAAACAUAUUGUGUGCAAUAUAAAUUUUUCAAAUAAAUUCUUUAUUAAAAAAAAUCAAUUUUUACUAAAAACCGUUAAAAUACUCCAGUCUUGUACAAAAAGGUAAUUUGUUUUCAUCACCACAGUUCUCAAAAAAGAAAAGAAAAAUGCUAAAAUGUGUGCCUUUCCUGAAUUUUGGUUACUUGCUAUCUGCUGGCCUGUAGCAAAUAAUUAUGCAAUGAAAUAGUUUAAAAGUUUUUUUUGUGUUGAUUGUAUUUUUGCUACUAGAUUGUGUUGAAUUGAACUAAUUGAUUAGUUAAUUUUUCUUUUUCUCUAUGUUGUAAAAUUUUAAGAAUUUACUAUUUGUGAAAUACAAUCAUAAGUCGUCACUUCUUAAAGCAAUAAUCAAAAUAAGCUUGCCAGAUAAACUCUGUUUGGCAGCUAAUAACGAAUUUUCUUGCCUUAGGGGGGAAAAAAAAUCAUUUUCUAGCUGAUCAUGGUUUUCCCUAUGAAUUGGGAAAAACUUUUUGAUAAGCUAGACCUGAAACUGUUAAAGAAGUAAUUGUAUUUAAGGUUCCAGACAUUUGAAUAUAUGGAUUUUAUUUGUGGCUAGUAUAAUCAAUGUAAAAAGUCACAAGCUUUAUUUUUAAAAUGACAUUUAAAAGUCCUUAUUUUGAUGCGAGUUUGAAUGUUUUUUAAAAAAUAAUUCUUGUUGUAAAUAUAUUUGCUGUUGGAUGAAUGCGAUUUAUCUUUUUCAUAGUAUAAAUUUAUUUAAAAAAGUAAGUAAGCAAAAUCUUUUAAUAUAGCUAUUCUAUUCAAACUUUAUGUGUCUGGGGGAUACUGUUUGAACUCAUUGCAUAUUAAGAAAUGAUUGUUGAUUAUUUUCAAUAUUAGAUUUACUGUUUUGUUUCUUAAAUUAAUUUUCAAAUAGUCAUUGAUAGUUGUUUGACUUUGUACUUUUUUGGGACAUCACUUAUUUUAAUUAGUUUGGGAAUAUUUCUCUUAUUUUAAUAUUGCUUAAUAUAUUUAUUGUGUUUUUAUUAUUUAUUCUGUAUAAAUUGUUUCAUAUAUUUUUAAGAUCAAAGUUUUUUGAAAUAUAUAUAACAAUAUUUUAAAAAUUAGAAAUUAUUCAAGGAAUGUCAAACAAAUAAAAUAUCAAUGUAUUAAUUUGAUUCUCAAGUUUUAUAUGUAGGUGCACUAAUUGAAAAUUUGUUAUAUAGUUCAAUUUAGAUUAUAUGAAUUAAAUGAAAUUUAAAUUAUGAAUUUCUAUAUGGAAUUAAAUAUAUAUCUUGUUAUAUAUUUCUUAAAUUCAUUCACUUUAUUAAAAGUUUGUAAAAAGAACUAUCAUUAAAUUGAAUUAUGAUUACAAAUAUAGCUGAAAGUAGAAGAAACCUGUAAAUUAAAAUUAUUUCCUAUUGAGCUUUUACUUUCCAUCCAGUUAUAAGAUAAAAAUUGUAUUCAUUUCUGUUUUGUAAUAAUCUAUUUGGAUUUCAAACAAUAGAUUUGAGUAUUUGAACAGCAUUUGUUAAUAAUUCAUAAAUUUUCUAUGGAAAUUUAUCUAAAGUGAUUAACUGACACUUCAUAAAAAAUAAAUUGUGUUUAUGAAAUUUUUAUAUUUUUCAAAUUCAAAUAGCUAAUUUAAUAAAUUAUUAAAAAAUAGAUAACAAAGUUUUUCAAUUUCUUCAAGGAGGCUAGCAGAUAUAUUUAAAUUUUAUUUUUCUUAAUUAAAUUUAAAUUUUUAAAAGAAAAAUAUUAAACUUAUGGAGAGAAAUUUAAAAGAAUUAGUUUAAUUUGCUCAUUUUAAAUAAAAAAAUUGUAAUAAAAUGGAUUUUUUUUGUUAAGUUAUUCUGGAAUUGAUUAAUAUACGAGUAAUUUGAUUGUUACAAUAACCCCUCCCCAUCACCACCAACGAAGAAAGUAUGAAAUUUUGAAAAUUUCUAUAUAUAUAAGUUUUAAAUGGUUUGAGUGAUUUUAAAGUCAACAACUUUAUAUUAAAGAUGAAAUUUGUGUUGCAUAUUUAAUAUUACAAUUUUAUAUCCUAAUAUAAUGCUCUCUGAAAUGUUUUUACUGUGGGAACUGUUGAAUUAUGAAAUUGGUUUAUGUAAAUAAAUAUGAUGUGUAUAUCCAGAAUAUAUUGAGCUUAAAAGUGUGUUUAAUUAUUUCCUUUGAGGGUAUGUUUAUCAUUUGUAUUUAAAUUAUUAUUUCAGUGAAUGAUAAUUUGAAUAUAAUCGAUGGUUAAUCUUUAUUGUGAUGUUUUAUCAUUUUUAACUAUUUCAUAUUAGACUUUAUAUGAAAUUUAUUAUUCGUUUUAUGUUAUGUCAUCAGAUUUGGUGUAGCAGUGCAAAUUUUUUAAAAAUCCAUUAAAUGUUAGUUUCUUUAAUAUUAAUUAAUAAUGGUUAGUGUGGUUUAAAUAUUGAGAUUAGUUAUCCUAUUAUAGAUAUACUCAUUUAUAAUAUCAAAAGUAUGUCCAUUAGAAGAUUUAUUUUUGGAAGUGAAAGAAUGUGUCUUGUUGACAUAUCAUUGGCGAAUAUGCAAUAGCAUAGAAAUUAUACCUUUAGUAGCUGUUAAAUUGUUAUACAUUGCAUAUUAUUAGAUUUGUGAUAGUUUUCUGAAAGUGUUUUCCAUGAAAUAAGUAGAUGAAAUACUUUUGGAGGUGGGGAAAAGGUCCUCCACUUUUGUAAUGGUUUAUUUAAGAUAUGAUUAAAGUUGAUUUGGCUGCAAAGUUAAAAAAAUUAGUGAAUUUCUUUGACCUUCUAUUAUAUUUUAUUGCAUAUUGUUUUUUGAAAAAUUUCUGUAGAAAUUACUGUAUUUAUACCAUGUUCAC